CUUGAGAGGAAGUCUGAUCCCGCGAAAAAGCGCCGAGCAACGUCACCAGCCCACCAGCAUCCUGUCAGUCUUGGUGUUGGGACUGUCUUCGUAUCUGGGACGACUUUCUUGCAAUCGCAGUAUCAAACGCGUGCCCGCCAUCUUUCAGACUGCAUCUUGAACACACUGCAAAGGCAUUCCAGCAGACAUAGCUGUUAGACCAAAGUGCUUCACUCGUCCACCAUGUCCCUCCCAUACGCCCCCCGCUACGCCUACUAUGACGGCAAGAGCCAGUCCACAAGCCCGUCGUCGUCGUCCUUCCAGACCAUCGAUCCAUCCAGCGCAACGCCCAUAGCAGACAUCCACUCCACAUCCACCACCGCCAUCGACUCUGCAGUCAAGUCGGCGCAGAAGGCUUUCCCAGCAUGGUCAGCCACACCACCCAUCGAACGCGCCCGAAUCCUCCACCGCGCCGCGGCCAUUCUGCGCGCACGCAACGAUGAGCUUGCGCGCAUCGAGACCAGCGACACAGGCAAACCCUUCUCCGAGACGUCAACCGUCGACGUGGUCACGGGCGCCGAUGUGCUCGAAUACUUUGCCAACCUCGUCGGAGGCGGCGGCAUGAACGGGGAGACAGCACAACUGCGCCCAGAUGCGUGGGUCUACACGACCAAGAACUCGCUGGGCGUGUGCGCAGGCAUUGGAGCGUGGAACUACCCCAUCCAGAUCGCUCUCUGGAAGUCGGCGCCGUGCCUGGCCGCGGGAAACUGCAUGGUCUACAAGCCGUCUGAGUUCACACCACUGCACGCCACUCCCCUGGCUGAAAUCUACGCCGAGGCUGGAGUGCCACCGGGCGUCUUCAACGUCGUUCAGGGCGGCGGAGAUGUCGGCGCAUACCUCACAAAGCACCCCGACAUCGCAAAGGUCAGCUUCACCGGGCAGGUCGCCACAGGUCGCAAGGUCGCCGGCAGCGCAGCGGGCGAGAUGAAGUAUGUCACAAUGGAGCUGGGCGGGAAAUCCGCCUGCGUCAUCCUCCCCGACGCCGACAUCGACCAGGCCGUCGACGGUGCCAUGAUGGCAAACUUCUUCUCCACCGGCCAGGUAUGCACAAACGGGACACGCGUCUUUGUCCCCUCAGCCAUGAAGUCCGAGUUCGAGAAGCGCCUCCUCGAGAAGAUGGCGCACAUCCGCCCAGGCAACCUCCACGACCCAGCCACAAACUUCGGGCCCCUCGUCUCAAAAGCCCACUACGACAAAGUCAUCUCCUGCAUCAAUCACGGCAUCAAAUCAGACAAAGCCACCCUCCUCUGCGGCGGCCCGGAAACCCCCGCCUGGCUCGCCUCCCACACAGACAAAUCCUACCAGAACGGCUACUGGGUCCAGCCCACCGUCUUCACAGACUGCACGGACGACAUGAAGAUUGUCCAGGACGAGAUCUUCGGCCCCGUCAUGUCUAUCCUGGCUUACGAUUCCGUCGACGAGGUCGUCCGCCGCGCAAACGCAACGGAUGUCGGUCUCGCAGCGGGCGUCUUCACAAAUGAUCUCAAUCUCGCGCACAAGGUUAUCGCGAAGCUCGAGGCGGGUAUCACAUGGGUCAAUACGUGGGGCGAGAGUCCGGCGGAGAUGAGUGUUGGCGGGUGGAAGAUGAGCGGUGUUGGGGUGGAGAACGGGAAGAAGGGGUUGGAGGCUUGGGUGCGGAAUAAGAGUACGCUUGUUGAGAUGGGGGGCGCGGUGCCGACUGUUUUCGCGAAGUUGUAGAGAGAAACUUGCGAUAUGAGGAAAUCUAUACCCUGUCUCCUCUCACUUGGAAGAACUCGUUCAAAUCAGCCUCCGUCUCCGUCUAUGGCACCUUACUAACUCCAUAAAAGAAGUUCCUAACAACGCCCAACCCCAUAUCUCCCUUUGAGCAUCAAAUACUCUCAUAACCUCCCCGUUCCGUUCACAGCACCAAUUCACGUCCC